ACAAAAGAAAUAGAAAAGAUAAAGGGAAAAAUGAUUAUAUGAGGUUUUAUUUUAGUGGCCAUGUACAGGUCCAUUGAAUCAGGAGGCAGCACAAAUCCACGCACCGCCGCGUAACCCUAGUCUUUACCCUUCCUCUUCAGCGCCGAGCAGAUUCUCCUCCUUCGCGGCGCUCAGGCUCGGGCCCUCGGCGACGGAGGGGCAGUACCAGGCUCGGCGGCGACGUCAGCGGCUCCCCCUCCCGCCUCUCGCCAGUCGCCUCGCGCCCUCGCCUCCGUCCUCCGCGCACCGGCCGGCGAUCCUGCGCAGGAGACACUUUCUAUUGUAUGAGAGGAUCAAUGUCCAAUUAUUAUGAUGACUACGAUGACAUUGAUGAGAUGGAGGAUGAAUAUGAUUUGGAUGAUCCUGCUGAUGACAUGGUAGAUGAGCAGCGAGGGAUUAGGGAUUCUGAUGCGGAGGAUAAUGAUUAUGGACAACCAAAUGAUAAGAUCCCAGAUACUUCAUCAGUGGACGCAAGAAAAGGAAGGGACAUUCAAGGAAUACCCUGGGAGCAGAUAAACAUAACCCGUAAAAAAUACAGACAGUCCAGAUUAGAACAGUACAAAAAUUAUGAGAAUGUACCUAACUCUGGAGAAGAAGCUAUGAAGGAUUGCAAACCAACAGAGAAAGGUGGAAUGUACUAUGAGUUCAGACGAAAUACUAGAUCGGUUAAAUCAACUAUUCUACAUUUUCAGCUUCGAAAUUUGGUAUGGGCUACGUCCAAGCAUGACAUCUACCUAGUAUCGCAUUACUCAAUUCGUCACUGGUCAGCAUUGAGUGGUGUGGAUACUGAACUUAUCAACGUCCAAGGACAUGUGGCACCAAGGGAGAAGCAUGCAGGAAGUUUAUUAGAGGGUUUUUCUCAGACUCAAGUUAGUACCUUGGCAGUCAAGGACAAUUUACUGGUAGCUGGUGGGUUUCAAGGAGAGCUAAUCUGUAAACACCUUGAUCGGGAAGGUAUUAGUUUUUGCUGUCGAACAACUUAUGAUGAUAAUGCUAUUACAAAUGCGGUUGAUAUAUUUAAUACCUCUAGUGGCGCCGUACACUUCAUCGCAUCAAAUAACGACUCUGGUGUGAGAUACUAUGACAUGGAGAGAUUCCAGCUGUUCAAGCAUUUUCAGUUUGAAUGGCCAGUGAACCAUACUUCGUUGAGUCCUGACAGAAAGGUAGUUGUUAUUGUGGGGGAUGAUCCUGAUGGUCUACUUAUUGAUGCCAACUCUGGAAAGACGCUUCAUUCCAUAAAAGGACAUCGGGACUAUUCAUUUGCAUCGGCUUGGAGCCCUGAUGGGCGAACAUUUGCUACUGGCAACCAAGACAAGACAUGCCGAAUCUGGGACGUGAGGAAUCUAUCAAAAUCCGUCCAUGUGUUGAGGGGUAACCUUGGAGCCAUCCGGUCGAUCCGCUUCACCUCGGAUGGCCAGUUCAUGUCCAUGGCCGAACCUGCUGACUUUGUGCACAUCUACGACGUGAAGAGUGACUACAACAAAAGGCAGGAGCUGGACUUCUUUGGCGAGAUAUCCGGCACGUCAUUCAGCCCAGACACUGAUACACUUUUCGUUGGUGUGUGGGAUAGGAUGUAUGGCAGCCUGCUUCAGUUUGGCCGCCUGUACAACUACUCUUAUCUUGACUCCUUGUUUUGAUGUGGAACCAAACGGGUGUUGGGUCUGGUGUACCGCAUUGCUCUUAAUGUUGUCAGCAUAAAUUAGGUGGUCAUCCUUAAACCGACAAAGAUAAUUGAAUUAAUAAAUGUUGUACUGUGCCCGAUGUGUAUAUAUAAAAAGAAAUGUAUACAGAUGCCUAUUGAGAGACCAAGUUGAGAUGUGACUUGGUCUACUCUAUGUGUGAUGAAUGAUCGACGUGGUUGUUUGCAGGGCA